GCUUGGCCGUCUCCUGCCACCGGCCAGGCUGUGCUCGGUCUGGCGGACGGAGCGCGGCUCCAGCGCGAGCAGAUUUUGAAAAUAACGGCAGUUAGCGGGAGGGGGAGGCGAGCGCGAGCUGGAGAGGCGCGCGGUGAAGUUGAGAAACUUUAUUCCUCAAGGGAUGGAUAUUUACUAUACAUUGUAUGCAACUUGACUAUAAGGACAACUAAAGAAAAUGGAUCAUAUCCAGACUAAUACUACGCUAUCGCAAAAUCCUCAUUCCAGUUGGUGUAAUGAUUCUCUUCAUAGACCUUUACACGUAGCAGUAUUUUGCUGAAUUUACUAUGGAAUCUAAGGACAUUUCAUGCUUCAGCAGAAAACCCUGUGAAGUUCAACGGGUAGCUGAAGAUAUUUCUGAAGCAAACAAAAUAGGAUGUUGUGGAUUUGAAGCCCGGUGGCGAAUCUGCAAUAAUAAGAAACUGAACAAGGAAACCGCUAUGAUUCCUGAAGCACAUAUUUCAGUUUUUCAGACUGAAGACACUAUUUCUGAUCAAAUGUUGAACUUUUCUCGAAGUGGAAUAACGUGUGAAGACAAGUUUAAUGGUGCAAAAGUUGAUGAAUUGGAUACCACUACCAAUACUCACUGCUUGUUCACAGAAAAAUAUAAUGGAGAUGACGCAUUGCUGCCUAUUCCAAGCCAGAACUGGAGUUACUUUGAGUCCUUCAUAAAUGAAAAUAAAGAAGAAUUUUUAGAUCUUUGCACAAUAAAUGAUUUUUCAACUAACUUAAUAAGUGAGGAAGACAGUGACAGUUUUUUGUUUGAUGAUGAAUCAAUACUAAAUAGUGAUGUCUGUUCACUGAAAAUAAGAUAUGAAUCUUUUCAGGACAAUAUAAAAGAGAAAACUAAUGCUCAUCAAGAUGAUGCACAGCUUCAGUUUUUUCCCAGUACCUGUUGUAAUGGAACAAAAAAAGAGGGGAAAACUCCCACAAAAAAUUCUGCUGCUGAGGAAGAGAGAAGGGAACAUGACAAUCCAGAACAUCAUAGUUUGUGUCAAUUAGGAAGUAAAAAGUGUCUUCUGUCAGGUGUUUUUAUGGAUGACUGGAAAGAUGCUGAGAGUUCACUGGAUUCAGUCUGUUUAUCGUCUGUUCUAAGUGAAGAUCAAGGAAACUGGAAGUUUUUAAAGAAAAGUGCUGAUAGGUAUUCAAAUCAAACCAAUUAUACUUUGAGGGCUAAACGGCAGAUACGGUACAGUGAUGAUUAUUUAUAUGACAUUGAUUCCCUAGAGACCAUGAAAACAUUGGGGAAAAUGGAUCAUGUUACAGAUACUCCAAAAGAGGAUGAUGACGACUGGUGCCCUAGAAAAAGGAAGAAAACUGGCAAAAAAGAGCCACCUGUAAUUAUCAAAUACAUAAUUGUCAAUCGGUUUAAAGGGCACAAAAACAUGCAUGUAAAAAUUAGUAGAUUAGAUUGUACAGAACGACAGGUAUUAUUGACUGAUGAAGUAGUGAAAAAAUAUAAAAAACUUUCACCACUUAAGGAAUUUUGGUCUCCAGUUCCUAACUGUAAUGUAUAUCAUAACCAAGAAAAAAAUGAUGGGAAAUUAAAAAUCUGUUCAGAUGCUGGUAUGUCUUAUAUGUUCUUUGCUUCUAAAAAUAAAAAACAACAAACACUUGCAAAUGGGACCGCAUCAGUUAAAAUAGGGCAUACUUUGAAUCGCCAAAAAGAUAGUGUCAUUGAAACGGUUGACUCAAACACAAAAGUACCGAAGAAGGUACAAAAGUACGAUAAGUCUGUUUAUGAAUUUACAGAUGAAAUAGAAUUAAAGCGUAUCACUAUUCGGACUGUGAGUAAGGGUGGAUGGUUAAGAGACAUGCAGCAAGAGGAUUCAUUCCAAAAGUUAAAGAAACAAAACAUACUUCCAAAGAAGAGAACAAAUGCUCAGGAUGGUAAAGGUACCAGUGGCAGAGAUAACUUAGAAAAUCCAGAUGAAAACCCUCAAGUCCUAAAUGCAGAUGUGCACAAAAUCCAAGGUCAAUGGAAUUCUGCUUCUGGUUCAUUAGGUAAUUUCAACACCACCAGUUUGCAUUCUUCCAUAGCUGGUAAUAAAAUAGAAACUUCUGGGGAGUUACUUUCUCUAGAUCCACCUAGCAGUCCAGACUGCCCAGUAGCAUCUGUUUACAAUAUACACUCUGCUCCAGAAAUCCCUGGAGGAUAUUUCCGAUCUCUGCUGGAUGGCGAUGAUUCCUCAGUUAAUGAAAAUUUCCAAAUUCCCCCACAGGAUUCCAGUACUGGUCAGCAGUUCAAAGAAGAUGUAACUGAAAAUCCAUUUUCUUCUCCACGGCAAAGACAAAUUAACACCUCCACAAGAUGCCGUGGUGGUGAAUCAAAUGUCGUUCCGUUGGAAGUUGAACCAAACAUCCAGGAAGCUUGCAAUGCAGAGACUACUCAAAGUGUACGUCGACACAGAGUAAUGAACAAAGAGUUAUUUUCUUCAUGUGAAGUUGACUCAGAAAAUGAAAAAAUGAAGAAUCAAUUAAAUGUUAACAAUAGUGCAAAUCAAUAUGGCUUCAAGAUGUACAGUUGUCAAAAUGAAAUAAAUGCCAACUUCACACAGAAAGUAAGUGAAGAAACAAAACAUCUCUUUACUUCAAAAGAUACCCUCUGCAUUUUAGAUAUUUCAAACUUUACAGCUGGGAAAGCAAAGCCAACACUUAGCUCUGAAUUUUCAAAAGAGCGUACACCAGAAAUUCCCUCCAAGGUGGUAAAAUCUGAUGUGAAUUCCUUGCAGCAGUGCAGCCAAAAUCAUUUUCCCAAGAAGGCUCCAUUAUUAAAUGAAUGUUCAGAGCAAUUUCAGAUUCACAGUGAACUAUAUUAUACAACUAUCCAGACUCUCUGCACUAAAAGUGAGCCCACAUCUGUUUCAUUCUCACCAUGUGCACAAUCUUCCAAUCAGUUACAAACAUUUGAUCAUGUGGGUUCAAAUAAUUAUAAAUGUUCCAAAGUUAAUAAGGCAAUAAAUAGCUUUAAAAAAAGACAUGCAAAAUCAAAUACAAAGCAAUGGGACAGAAGAGCUAUUCAAAAGUAUAAAAAUUACAACAAUGAGAUCAAAGCCAUUAAAAUAGAGAAUAUUGAAAAGGACAGUACAUCAUCAGAAAACUAUAAAGUUGAAGAAUACUCUUCAGACAUAUUAUAUGCAAACCCAAAAAAACAACCUGAUAAGGCCUGUAAGCCCACAAAAGGGUUUACUAAUAAAGAUUUAGAAAUGUGUACAAAACUUAUGAAGAAAGGUUUGAUGAGUACAAAAAACAAGCUCUCUAUAAAGGAAGAAAAACUGAAUACGAAAGCUAAGUACUGGAUUGCACCGGCAGAGUCGUAUGAGAAUGUGCCUAGUAACAUUCCUAGAGGAAGCAGAUUAUUAAAUAGUGAUCAGAGAGAAUUUGAGGAACCUGGUAAUAUCCUUUCCAACAUAGUCUCUGGAAUGGCAGCAGUUAAGCAAUUUAUGAUGGCUUCAGUUCAACCAAUCUUAAAUCAGGGAGAAGUUGUUCUUCCUGCUGUUAAUCAGUUUAUGGAAGUGCAAAAUGGUUCCAAAUGGAAACCCAAACCAAUCCAGACGUUGCACAUUGGCACAAAAGACUUGAAAAAUAAACCAUUGCAUGUUUCUGAAUGUACCCCGGACAAUGUAGGUUUUGAUGGUUACCCUGUAGGUCACGUUGCAAAUUGCUGUGUUCAAAGUGUCUUUGCUUCUAGCACACAAAUAGCUGACUGUAGCUGUACAAGCAAUGCACUUUGUGAAUGAAGAGGAUAUUAUAUCAUUUGAACUAUUUUUUAUCUCCUACUCAAAACACUGGUAUGUCUUAAUAUACUUGGAGCCCUUACUCAGUAGAAGCCUCUGUUAAGUACAUUUCAGCAUACAAAGUAUUUUGAGACUUUGCCUACCAAAAUGUAUCAUGUCUUAUAUAGAUGUGGUAUGAGAACUGCAGAAUUUUUCAUGGUGCCGUUUAUGAAAAGUCUAUUUUUUUUUAUUACAUUUAAGAAAAUAACACCUCAAAUCUAAGACUAUCUUUGAAGGCAUACACAAAUGUGAUUUGCUUCCAACUUCUCCAAUCCAAAAUUUUGUGAACAGUAGCUUAAGUCUAGGAUACAUUUCAAUGUAUUUAGAAUUUGAUUUUUAUACUUUGACUGAAUUUCUUCAGAUCUGCAGAUUUUUUGAGAAAACUCACCUUAAUAGCCAAGCAUUACUGUUUAGCUUUACUGUAAAUUAAAUUAAUUACCCUGAUUUAAAUGUUUUUUUAUAUAAAAUUAUCCUUUUGUCCAAUCUGCAUCUCUCUGACUUUCAAGAAUCAAGAAGUCAAAUA